AUGACCCGCAAUGCAGCUGGUGAAGAUCUUGUGGCGGGGGGCGAUUACGUGCAACUGGAGAAGUGUGGUGCCGAUGGUGUGGCCACGUGUCAGGCGGAGGCGUCCUCGUCGGGUUGCUGCGGCGGCGGUGCCGAUGCCGGUGUCGGAGGUUGGUGGUGGUCUUGUUGGUGGUGGGCGAAGCUGGUGCUGGUAGUGCUGUUUGUUGCCGUGUUGGGUGCGGUUUUCUUCAAGUGGGUCGGGCCCUUCUUCAUGGAUAAGGCAUGGCUGGAAAGGUACCCAAAGAAAGCUUCUAUUAUAAGAUUGGCCGGUGAGGGAAGUUGGUUCAAUCAGUUCCGUGCUGUUACUUUGAUUAGGAUUUCUCCUUUCCCUUAUGUUGUGUAUAACUACUGUGCCAUGGCUACUGAUGUGAAGUAUGGUCCUUAUUUGUUGGGGACAAUUGUGGGAAUGAUCCCAGAAAUUUUUGUUGCACUUUACACUGGCAUCCUCAUUAGGACUUUAGCCGAUGCUUCACACGACCAGCACUCCCUAUCAGGAAUUCAAAUUGUGUUCAAUGUUGCUGGCUUUUGCAUUACUGUGGUCUCAACAGUGAUCAUAACUCUAUAUGCAAAAAAACGACUCAAGGAACUCCAGAUGGAAGAGGAGCUAUUGUUGCCGUGA